AUGUCAUCUACCACAACGGCCUCAAUCCGCCGCAUCGCGCAAAUCGUCCACCUCAAGCCCUCCGCCGUCGCAGCGUACAAGGAAUGCCACGCCAACGUCUGGCCCGAGGUACUGCGCCAGAUUCACGAGUGUAAUAUUCGGGAUUAUUCCAUCUUCUUCGAUAACGAGCGGACGCUGUUUGCGACGUUCAAAUAUGUCGGCCAGGAUUAUGAGGGGGAUAUGGAGCGGAUGCGGGCGAAUCCCAAGGUGCGGGAAUGGUGGGCGAUGACUGAUGGGAUGCAGGAGAGUCCAAUCCCCAGAGCAGUGGGUAGUGCUGAAGGUCCCGGGUGGUGGAAGGUCCUGGAUGAAGUGUUCUAUACGGAAUAG